GAUAUUGAAGAUAGUACUAAUAAUGAACUGAGCAGUAAUGAUAAAGACAACUUUGAGAAUACUAGUGAUCAACAUAAGAGCCCUGAUAGUGAAACUAUAAUUAAGUUGAUAUCAAUAUGUCUUGAAUAUAAUUAUCUGUUAGUUUCUGAAAAUGCUAACUUUGCUACUGAAUACCAGAAACUUACAGCAGAAAUAAAAGAUCUUAUUGAAAAAUAUACACUCUGUGAUCUUGAUGUUCUAUCUCAGGUUCAGCUACUUUAUGAGUUGUUUCCUGAAGCAACAAUUGUAGAUUAUGAU